AUGAAAAAUAUAUUUAUUUCUUGUGUAUAUAUUGUAAUUUUUACUUUUCUGCAUGUAUAUCUUUAUGUAUAUUUUGAUAAUCUAACAAAACCACUAAAAAAAGAUGUAGCAGAUGAAAUAUUUUCUGAGGAAAGAAGCUUGGAAACUUCAUAUAGAUUAAGCACCUUUAAUGAAGAAGUAAAAGAUAAUAUAUUAGAUAGCAAUAUUAAUGUAGAUUAUUUAGAUUAUUUAUAUAAACAAGUCGGGCAUUAUGCCAACGAAGUGAUGGCAGUUGAACUAAUAAAAAAAGAGUUAUUUGAAAAAAUAUUAAAAGAAAAAUCAGACUAUAUAAAUUUAGGUUAUGUUAAAUAUGGAAUAUAUAUUCCAGAUGAUUUGGUAAAUAAUUAUAAAAAAAAUUUAGAAUUUAAUGAAAUAAUAGCCCCUUUUAUAAAAGAAAAUAGUUGCAUUUGCUUUGAAGAGAGUGAAAUGGAUAAUAAUAAAUUAGAAAGUUUACACGUAAAAGAAGAAAAUAUGAUAAACAUGGUUAAACUACAUAUAAUAGAAACAGAAGGUUUAAUUGUUUGUAACGAAAAUAUAUCGUGUAAUGAUGCAAAGCUUAACGGAUUAUAUUAUUUUGAUGUAAAAAGAAAUGUGUAUUAUAAUGAACAUAUUUUAGAGAAUUUUUCGAAUAUUAAAAAAGACCAUAUAACAAAUAAAUUAAUAUAUAUAGACGAACAACAUUACAAGAAUUAUGCGUCUACAUAUAGAUAUUAUGACUUAUAUACAACGGUAUAUGAAGGAAUUGCUACAUAUUUAAUUCGUGCAUUAUCUGGUUAUAUAAUUAAUGAGAAUUUCGAAAAAAAUUAUGAAUUAUAUGAAAAAGAAAAAUUUUCACAAAGUUUGAAUGAACAAGAAUUAAAAAGUUUCUUUCUGAAUUCAAUACGAAUGAAUUAUUUUAUGAUUGCUUCUCAUUAUGAUAGUGCCAUUCAAUCUCCUGCUGUUUCUGACGCUGGAGCCUUUGUAGCUGUUAUGAUUGAAUUGUUCAGGAAUUUAAUUAGUCAAAAAGCAUUUUUAACUCCAUUUAUUUUAAAUUUUAACGGAGCAGAAGAAGCUUAUUUGUUAAGUGCCCACGGGUUCAGCAAUUUUCAUAUAUGGUCUCUUGAUGUAAAGUAUUAUAUCAAUUUAGAUUCUAUAGGAUAUGGAGGGAAGUUUAUAAUAUAUAGAACUCCAGAUAAAAAUAAAGAAAUUUUAAAAUUUUAUAAAAAAUACUCUUUAAAUCCUACUUUUUCAUCAUUUGCUCAUGAUGCAGAGUAUGUCAUUAGAAAUAAUACUGAUUAUAAAGCAUAUAAUUCUUUCAUUAAAUCUUCUCAGGGUCUUGAUAUAGUUACAUGUUUAAAGGGAUAUUUUUACCAUACACCUCAUGAUGACAUAAAUAACUUAAAAAGAGGAACUAUGCAACAUUUAGGUGAUAACCUGUUAGAAUUAAUAUCAAAUAUAAUAAGAGAUAUGCAUGAUGAUUUUAUAGCAGAAAAAAAAAAAAAUCUAGAAAACAAUUCCAAAGAUAACACAAAUAAGACCGAUAAAAAUACAUUUAUAAAUAAUUUUUUUAAAUUGAUGACUACAAAAAUUAAUAAUUUCAUGAAUAUAUUAAUUGGAGAGCAUUACUUUUAUUAUGAUUUUAUACCUUAUUACGUAUUAGUAAUAAGUAAACUUAAUAUGAUUCUUUACUUUUUGUUUCUUGCCUUACUAAAAUUUUUUUUAUCGAUAAUAGAAAAAAAAUUAAAUAACAAAGAAAUUAGUAUUUAUUCAACUUUGUUGGUACUCCUAACAUGCUAUAUAUUUCCUUCAUUAUUAACGAUUGGACUAUUGUAUAUAUUUGAUUUGUUUAUGAAUUUAAUAAAUCUAAAAAUGUUUUAUUUUACUAAUGUAUUUUUGGCUUAUUUAGUUUAUGGGUCAUUUGCAUUUGUGUCAUUUUAUUAUGUUCAUUAUUACGUAACAAGAAUUACUGUGACUUUAUUAAAAAAAAAAGAAAUUAAUUAUAAUAAGAAAAAUGAGAAAGCAAAGAACGGUGUUUCAGAACUAAAUGGGAAAUUUUAUGAUGGAAGAACAAGAGAAUCUUUACAUAUUGAACAAGAUGUUUGUUUAAAUUUAACAGAAUAUAGUGAAAUAAAUGUUAAUGAAAGAAAAGAAGGAAAGUUAACUAAAAAUAAUAAAUUAGAGAAUACAAAAGAAUAUGAAGGAGAAAUAAAGAGUAAAGAUAACUGUAUAGAUAGUAAAAAAGUGUUUCAAAUAAAAAAAAAAAACGCAGAAAGUGAUAUACUUAAGAACAAAUUUUCUUGUAAUGAAGUAUCUUUAUAUAUGGAAUUAUAUGGUUAUAACGCAUCCUUUUACUUAUAUAUGUUACUUUUUAUUUUAGCAUUCUUUUUAAAUUUAGGGGUAUCUUUUAUUCUACUUUUUUUUGCAAGUGGUAUAUUAUUAGUAAAAGUACUGAAGAUCAUUUUAAAUAUAAUAUUCCCAGAAUCAAAAAAUAAAAAAAAUGAAGAUUCAUUUAAUUUUAUUUGCUACAGAAAUAAACUAUUUAUAUCUUAUAUACCUAUGAUUUAUGUAUACGCAUAUAUAAUAAAUAUAUCUCAUUGGGCUAUUUUUAUUUUUGUCUCAAAAAGUGGUCUCUAUAAUAUAGUAAAAUAUAUAACAGCAGAUUUUCAAAUGUCAGUUAUAGUUUUUUUGGGAAUUUUUGCGUUAAUUACAUUAUGUACUCCUUUAUUAAUAGUGAACAAAAAAGAGUUUAAAUAUAUUAAUUCUUUUUUUAAGUUAGUUUUUUUUUUAUCUUUUCUAUAUAUAUUAUUAUUUUUAAAAAACCCAUUUUCCGAAAAAGCUCUAAAGAGAGUAAACAUAGCUAACGUAAGCAUAAAAGUGCGAGAUGACAUGGGGAAUAUAACUGAUGAAUAUAAUGGUUUAAGUUUUGGUCUUUGUGAUGAUCUGAAAUUAAAUAAAUACGGUAUAAACUUUUUUAAUAAUGGAGAAAAUUUAAAAGAAAUAUAUUUAAAUGAGAUAAAACAAUUUAUUGAUAAAGAAAAUUUAUCAGAUAAAUAUGAAUUAGAAUUUCAGAAUAUAGCAAAUUUAAAUAAAAAUUAUGGCCAUACCUUUAAUAUCCCGAACUUUUGUGGAUAUUUUGAUUUCGUUCCUUAUAAAUCAUCCAUUGAAAAUGAUAUUGAUUUCAGUGAAGGAAAUCAAAAAGACUUUUAUGAAUUAAAUGAACCAUUUGAUGAUAUUCAGGAUGAAUCCUUUGAAAAUAAUGCCUUAUUUAAAAAAAAAAUAGGAGAACCUAAUAUUAAUAUUAAUUAUAUAGAGAAUAAAGACUUAAUGAAUAAAAACAUAACAGAAGAAAACUUAAAAUAUGAAUUAUUAUAUAAUGGGGCAAUAAAAACAAACUUAGGAUAUAAAAAAAUAAAGAAACAUAAUUUCACAAGAAUAUAUAUACAGUUAAAGGUAUCAUAUCAUACGCACAUGUUAAUAUUAAGUGAUGAUAUUAUUAAUUGGUCUUUUGAUAAAGAAUUUACUGUUAAUUCACUUUCUCAUUCAUUGAAAGAUAGAACGAUUAGAUUCAUACAUGGAAACAAUAAUAGAAUUACUCGCUUUUGGUUAGAUGUAAAAGACUAUAAAAAACCUUUAACUAUUGUAACAAAGGCCUGUAGUUAUAUUAAUUUACCUCCAAUUAUUCAGAAGCUCAUUCAAAGAAAGAAUAUUUUUUAUAUCAACAAAGUUAAUCAAAAUAAUGUAAAUAUCUCUAUAAAGAAAUCAGAGAAUACCAAUAUACCAUCGUAUGUUACAUCAAUGGGAGGAAAAUGUGAAAUAAAUGUAUGGAAUAUUUGA